AUGAAUAAUGCCCGGUAUCUCGAUGUCGCCAACGAGCCGAAAAAGAUGUUAAAUCCGAUCAGUGGUUAUGAAAAACAACCGCUCGUAUCGUUAGAAAAAGCUGUAAAACCGUUGGAAGACAUGUUCGAAGAUUUGCUGACUCGCGCUUGGAUAGCAAAACAAAAUUGUCAAAAUCCGGCUGAUGGUCUCACUCAAGACGAAUCCGCUUCUAUUCAUCUCUACACAAUGGAAUCUAUCUUCUAUCAGCGACUAAACGAGGCACUGAGAAACGAAAAUCGAGGAGAUCUCAUACCCUGGUUUGCAUAUUUGAAAUUAUUUUUAACAGCCUUAUGGAAACUGCCGUCGACAAAACAAACAUUGUGGCGUGGAAUCAAGGCCGAUAUAAGCGAUCAAUUUUCUAUUGGUACAAAGUUCGUUUGGUGGGGCGUUAGUUCAUGCACUGAAUCAUUACAAAUUUUGCAAAAUGAUCAAUAUCUUGGUAAAACGGGGACACGAACUCUGUUCAAUGUGGAAUGCCAGAACGGUAAACCGAUUAAGUCUCAUUCGCAGUAUGAGAGUGAAAAUGAAAUUCUUUUGAUGCCUGCUAGUUAUUUUGAGGUUGUCGGAAAAGCAGAUGCGGGGAACAGUCUUCAUAUAAUUCAUGUCAAAGAGAUACAAUCGCCGGUUCUACUGCUUAAACCACCAGUUACUGAUGCUCAGGUAGCUACAGAAACUACGGGUGUAAAUUUAGCGAUUGGAUCAGAAGGUAAAACAGGACACUCGGCAGCUUCAGUUUGGAAAACGUGGCCUAGCCAACUGAAAGCUAAAUUCGUGUUACCCAAUAAACAUUCAUCCCAUAAAGUUGAUCCAACAAUUUUAACACCAAAACAAAUUCAAAUGUUAAAGGCCACAACGAAUUUUUCCGAAGAACAAAUAAGAGAAUGGCAUGCAGGAUUUCUACGCGAUUGUCCGAAUGGUGAGCUUAGUAAAGAUCGUUUUAUUAAUGUUUACCAACAGUUUUACCCAGGAGGAAAAGCACACAAAUUUUGUACAUAUGCUUUCACCAGUUUCGAUCGUGACAAUAAUGGUAAAAUUGAUUUCACCGAAUUUAUGUUCGCAAUUGCAUUGACACAAAGUGGUGAUCUGGAUGAUAGACUUGCGCUGGCCUUUGACAUGUAUGAUUAUAAUAAUACGGGCACGAUCGAUACAGCAAAAAUGCGUAAAAUUAUUUCGGCAAUGUACGAUUUAAUCGGUGAAACAGACAGAAAAGGCGAUCGUGAUCCAAAACACCGUGCUGAAGAAAUAAUGCGAAUUUGUGAUAUCACUGGUGAUAAAAAAUUAACAAAAGAAGAAUUUGUUGCCGGUUGUAAAAAUGAUCCGGUUAUCCGUCGCUUAUUGGUACCAAAUGCAUAG